AUGAACAGCGACGGCGCGCCGGGAGGAGUGUGUGGGGCCACUCCCGCCGCGGCCGAGCCAUCGGCGUCGGCGCAGGCCGCCGGCAGCGGCACACGUGCGGCCCCACCCGAAGCACCGUUUCCGUUUCCGCGCACGAUCCCCGCGGAAGCCGCGGCCACGUUUUGCUUCGUGGUAUUCCUCUGCAACCGCUCUCCCCUCUUUCACUCAAACCGCAUUCCGCCGCGCGAGGACACGCCGCCGUACGCCCCCGGUGACAUUGUCUACUUUGGGCCCACGGAGGAAGUGGCGCAGCAGAAGCUGCAGGAGCUGGCCUUUCCGCUCGGGUUUGCCUGCAAGAGCUCCUACACGCGCAACGGCCCCCUCUGGAACUCCCGCCUGGAGUCGGUGCGGAAGCUGGACAAGGUGCGAUACCACCGGCUAAUUAUUACCUCCACCUUUGUCGUCUCCGUCGCCGUAGAAAGCGGUGAGCUGCGGACGAUGCAGACAAAAUACGCUGCCGUGGCGUUGGUUGUCACUUCUCCAGCGGAUAAGCCGUACCAUCAGUUUUUGGUCAACAACUUCGCGAGCGUGGCGCGAAACAUGCUGCACACCGCCCUCAGCUUUGCAAUGAAGGCCACACAGCUCUUUUUUUUGAAGCUUUCCCCCACGACCGCCGUGGGAAAGUUGGUGGCGGAGUUGGAGCGAGGCUCGCAAGCGUUGCAGACGCACCGCACGCUGGGAUCGAUUCUCGUCAAUGCCUUCGCACACGAUCAUGCCAUCCCCCGCCUGCAUAGUCGCCUUGCUAACGUGAAAGUCUCAAGUUUCUUUCUUGCCUCCGCCAGGCAACCGCCUUGUGCCACGGAUUCCGUGGGGAACUUAUUGAGUGGCGCGCUGCAUAGUUUGUGCUGCUUCAGUGAGUCCUUCACAAGCCGUGUCAUUGCCGGCCUGCUGACGCUGUCGAACUGGGAGCGGUGUGGCCCUGGUCAAGCCCACGUGGAAGCGCAGCAGCCGCGUCACGGCGUCGGGGAGGCCGCAGAGGCCGUUGACAUCUACGGCGACUAUUGGAGUCGGAUGGAGACGGCGGAGGGGAGGAGUUGUAGUAGCUGUGGCGGCAACAUCAGCAGCGGCAGUGGCAGCGGUGGCGGCAGCGGUGAACAGAAGAACUACGGGAUUGUAUCCCCGGUAUUGGGGCCGUGCCAAAGUGUAGACAGGAACAACAGCAACAAUAUCGUCAGUUAUGGUGACACGGAAAGCGUUUCCGCCACUGUCGGGGCUCAGCGGUUGGACAGAUCAGAUUUUAAUUCUGCUUCCAUGACAAACUCCGCACCUUCCACGACGGCGCGUAGCACGGAUCCUGGCAACGAUGUCUUCUGUCUGCUUUCAUCGCAACGUGUAGGACGUGUGGUGAUCUUCUCCACGGAUCCAGAACUGGCGCGGUGUUUACUGAUUGUGUCAGCCUUUUUUUUCAGAGACCAUCGUGCCAUCAUUGGCACUUCAAGUCGCCUCUGCGAUGACGUGCCUUUUGCGGGGAAGGUGCUCUCAUGCGUCUACCCUUCCUUUCCGGUGCAGUGGGUCAUGGAGGAGUACGACGAGGCCCGCGUGGAGCGAUUGCUUUACUCCCCGCACUCUGUAGAUAAUCUGCUUUUGGUUAUUGCCCCACGUAGCGGGGUGUGCGAUCGCAUGCGACUGGAGAAGCGGUUUAGCCUCAUUCCUAUUCUGGUGGAGAAGUUCAAAAAAGGCUUUCAGCCCGUGUGUCCGUUUCAUCAACGCACUCUCAGUGUCGUGAGAAUGCUUCCGGACAAGACGGUGUCUUCCGCGCUGCAGAAAGCGCGGCGGCUGCAGAGGAAGAGUGGCGGUGCGGUGAGCUGCGCCGUGUUUUUCGAGUUUUUCAUGCUCGGGCUCGUGCGACAAAGCCAGCUGUGCCACCUGCAACGGCAGUGCGCCGAGGCGGAAGGGGCGUCGGUGUCGCUCCUUUCGACGCCCUCGCGGGGCGCGGCCUCCUCCUCCCACGCCUCUCGCAUCGGGUCGCACAUGUCGAGGCUGUUUUCCUUCCUCGGCCGGGCAGACGCUGGCGCUGCGCGUCACCGCGACCUUCCGCGUUGCCCCUCGGCGGACGCCGCCGCCGCCGCAGUGCCCAUCGACGCCCCCGCGCCGGCGUAUCUUCCGCGUGCCUCCUCUGAAGACGGCCCCGGCCGCAUCUUCGGGGGUCUGCAGGUGAACUCGCAGUUGAUGGGCCUCUUGGCGGAGUGCUGGAAGAGCGACCGAGAAGUCGCGUGA